AAAGUGUCGUGAAUUGUGUGAAGAGAUGUCGGCUCUGAAGGCAAGCAAUGAGUCCGAAGUGAAGGCAUUGAAAGCACAGCUCAAGACAUCAGAGGAUUCAAUGCAGACAAUGACUGAAGAGAUGGAAAGUUUGAGACAACAGUUGACGACAUCUGAGAAGAGUAAUCAAGAAUUGGUCGCAGAUUUGAGUGAAACGUCGGCUCAAAAAAGUUGUUUAACUCAAGAGAUAUCGAUUUUGAAGGCGAGGAAUGAGACAGAAGUACAGACUCUGAAAGUAGAGCUCAAGACAUCAUUGGAGUCAAUGGAGACAAUGGUUACCGAAAAUAAUAAUUUGAAACAAACGGUGUAUACUUUGUCGACAUUGGUUUCAAACUUGAGUAAUCAAAAUAUGGCCACAGAUUUGAAGCACAAAUUGUGUGAAAUGUCGACAGAAAACAGUGUUUUGAGGGAAGAGUUGUCGGCGCCGUCGCCGCGAUUGUGUCAUCUGAUAAAACGGCCGGACUUUGAUUCCUAUGGAUUCAAAGUUCAAGAGAAGGCAGAGACCGGACACUACAUCGGGAAAGUGAACGCCGACUCUCCGGCACAGUUGGCCGGACUCCGAGAGGGCGACCGUAUUAUUGAAGUGAAUUGCGUUAACAUUUCCAAUGAAAGUCAUCGACAAGUCGUCGAAAGGAUUAAAUUGAUUCCCAAUGAAACCAAACUAUUAGUGAUCGACGAGAAGACUAGACUCUCGUCGGAGACUCUCGUCAGUGAAGAGUCGGACCGAAAGUGUCGUGAAUUGUGUGAAGAGAUGUCGGCUCUGAAGGCAAGCAAUGAGUCCGAAGUGAAGGCAUUGAAAGCACAGCUCAAGUCAGCCAUCGAUUCAAUGGAGACAAUGACUGAAGAGAUGGAAAGUUUGAGACAACAAUUGAUAACAUCUGAGAAGAGUAAUCAAGAAUUGGUGGCAGAAUUGUGUGAAUUCUCGGCUCAAAAAAGUUGUUUAACUCAAGAGAUAUCGACUUUGAAGGCGAAGAAUGAGAUAGAAGUACAGGCAUUGAAAGUACAGCUCAAGACAUCAUUGGAGUCAAUGGAGACAAUGGUUACCAAAAAUACUAAUUUGAAACAAACGGUGUAUACUCUGUCGACAUUAGUUUCAAACAUGAGUAAUCAAAAUAUGGCCACAGAUUUGAAACAAAAAUUGAGUAAAAUGUCGACAAAAAUUAGUGAAUUGAGUAAAGAGUUGUCGGCAUUGAAGGCAUCGAAACAUAUCAUUGAAUCCGAUGUAAAACUAUUGGCUCAAGAAAUCAAUGCACAGAAUAUUAGUAAAAAAUAA